AUGCACAGUUUAUGUUGUAUUCAUCUUUAUUUUUUUUAUUCAAUUUCACAAGAUUCAAUCACAACUAAUCAACACGUCUUAUUAGCCACAAAUAUUUCACCACCAUUGGAUUCCUCAACAUCAUCUACAAGUGAAUACAAACGUUUAAUCGAAUACAAUCAACAUUAUUAUUUUUAUCAAUAUCAAAAUGACAAUAACGAAAUAAAAAGUAUGUUACAUUCAACACAUGCACAAUAUGAUUUGAGACAACAACAAACAGAAGUUUUGAAAUAUGAUGUCGAAAAUUUUCAACGAUUACCUAUACCUAUUUUAUGGCAAGAUCAUAAUCAACAAAUUCAUUGGAAUCGUGCAGCUGAACAAAUGACCUAUGAACUAUUAGAACAACGUCAGUUUCCCUCAUCUAUUACACUGUCAAAUGCAGAGAAGAUUUGUCAUAAACGUCAAUUAACAAUAGCUCAUCAAUGGGCAUCCGGAUUUUUCUCACGUUUUCAUCAAUUUGUUGAAUUAUUUCUUCAAGGGUUAUCUAGUGAUCGUAUGAUAGUAUUAGAACACGGUCGAAUGAAUAUAGGGAAUUCUGGUGAUGAUGAUUACUUAUACGAAGGUAUUUUGAGAUAUUUUCAACCAAUUUCUAUAUGUUCACAAAAUCUGCCAGAAAUAAAUUAUGAAACGGACACGUUGGAAUGGACAAAUUUGGAAGAUUGUAAACGAAAUUUCAAAUAUUUUUACUUAACAACAAAUAGUUACUUUAAAUGGGAUUAUGCACAUGCACCAAUACGAAAACAGUUAUUCGACUUUAAUAGAAUAAUUAGUAGACAAAUAACAUCAAAAAAAUGGUAUUCUACAAGUAAUAUUUACAAUCAUGCCUUUGAAAAUAUUUAUGUUCACCAUUCAUUCAAAAAUUCAUCACUCGCUAUGCGUUCAAAAAUCUUUAAACGAUUUAUAUUUCUGAUGAUUAAUCUCUACAUUUUUCGUCCUGUACCACGCAUUCAACUUCUAGCAAAUCAACUGCAUGAAUAUUGGUCACAAAUGUUGGCGGAUAAAUAUGAAAAUCGGCAAAUUUCAUCUCAAACUGUCUUACUUCAUUCAGCCGCAUUGUAUGUUCGACGUGGUGAAAAAGCACCAGAAGAUGAAUUUUAUCUGAAAUAUGGACAAUAUCGAAAUGUAUUACUCUAUUUAUUGCGUUUGAAACAAGAAGAAUUAAAACAACAAAAAACUUUUUCAUCUAUAUUUGUACUCACUGAUGAUGCAGAUGUCAUGAAGCAAUGUUUAGAAUUUUCUAACAAUAACUAUUUUCCUUCCAAUAACAGCGAUAAAAAUGCUGUUAUUGGACAUCAGAUAUUAAACGGACGAGAUAUUACAUACAAUGUGUAUGCUCCACAAAAAUGCUUUGAUCCCUAUCGACGUAUUGGAUUUGAAACAUUUUUAGCUUCGUUAAUCUAUCUUCUUAGAACAAGUGAACAUGUCGUCGGUCAUGAAUCGUCCAAUGUAUCAAGAUUUAUUCAAGAAUAUUUAUAUGCCACAAGGCAACUGAAUCAAUCAAUAACAGAGCAAUCAGUACACUCAAAUGCAUUAGAUUCGUACGAUGUGUAA